AUGGGUUGCGGGUCUUCGACUUUUGAAGAAGGACAGACGCCGAAAUGCGGCAUCGCCCUCCUCGACGAGGCCGCCGUCACGAGCGGCGGCAUCGCCAGCAAACUGUCUGAGGUCAACAGCGCGUUUGAGGUGCGAGCCGUGCUCAAGGCUCUGCGCGCGUACGUCAAGGCGGCCGUGUCCAACUUUGCCGAAUCGGGGAUGUCCAACCCCCUGGCGGAGAUUGUCGGAGCCUUUACUGCGAACGUCUCGUUCAUGAACGGAGCGUGCCCGAUCGUGAUUGAUUUCGGUAAGCUCGAGAUCGCGGGCAUCGCCAACGCCGUCAUGCAGGAGCUUAAGGAUGCUGAGACCGCGGUUGCUUCCGCGCUUGAGGGCCUCGCAAAGGUCAUCGGGGACAUCGAGAAGCUUGUCAACACGUGCCAGAAGUACCUUGACAACCCUGAAGCCGCCCUCAGCGAGGCUAUGACGGGCAACAUCUGCAACGCAAUGACGGUUGGCAAGCGCAUCUGCGGCGCCAUCAAGGAGCUGAAACCCCGCCUGAACGCCGUCAAGACGCACGGCGAGGCCCUCUGCGGAGAGGUGACCGACGUGAUCACUAUAUCGGAGACGAAGGCGGCAUCGGCGGACAAGGCGGCCGAGGCGAACCCGGACGCCGCCACGCUGGUGGCGCUCCUCUACCCGCUGUACAAGGACCCCAACCGGCCCCCGCCAAAGUACCUUCAAAUUGGCGAGCACGGCGCGGCGGGGACUGUGCUAGAGUCAAACGCCGCGCCAGACGCCGCGCCAGACGACGUCAAAGAGGCCCAGUGA